AUGCUUACGGGAAUUAAUAGUAUAUCUACUAUCGGGGAAAGAUUGUUAACACUGGAAAGAACAGUCUCAGAGGGCAUCGAAAACAUCAUUCCAUCAGAUGUUGCAGAUCUUGACGACGGAGAUACGCCAUCGAAAAGGAAGAGGAGACUAGAUCAUCCCGCACGCAUAGAAGGCACUUCCCAAUCUGCCCAGAAUGAGUGUGCCAUUGGACCGACCAUACACCAUGCAGAGAAGGCCAGAGCCGUUAUACAAGGGGAGCUUGAUGGAAAUGAGCAUAUGGACCGUGAACGGAAGGCAAUCCUUAGGUCUGCCAUGCAAUUUGUGGAUAUUACGGGGCAGAGGAGAACCUCAGUUACCGAUAAGUCUUCCCCGUUAGAAGCGCAUGAAGAUUUUCAACGUGCUGGUCCAUUUAUUACCCCAUCACCAGAGCUGCUUUAUAUGCUUCUUCCAGAGCCAACCGCUGCCAUCGGACGUUCUAGUUCCCUACAAUGGCCGGACCACAUCUCGGAUAAAACACUGGAGAAGAUGGCUUCAGUCAUUCUCAGUGACAAUGACCUUGAGCAUGGGCAGAUAUUCUACCAGUAUUGUAUAUGCAUUUAUGUGAAGGCCAUCUUUCACCUCUUCCAGAAACCGAAAGCAUACAAAGAUCCCCGCAUCAACGCCCAAUUUUUGAAGUCCAAGAAAUUAUAUGAAAUAUAUGUCUUCCGCGCUCUCAAGCGGCUCAAUUUCUUGAGUGCCCCAACUCUUCCUUUCAUUCAGUCGUUGGUAUCCGCUGCACUUUUUAUGCAAUAUCUUGGCAACAUGAGUCAGUCCUGGAUUCUCAACUCAUACGCUGCUCGUCUGAUUACUGCUCUGGGUUAUCAUGAAAUUCGCAAUUCGCCUGGGAUUUCAAGCCUCGAUGAAGAGACCCAUAGCGCUGUAUGUUGGUGCUUUUACCUUGACCGAACUCUGAGCAGCCUUCUUUAUCGACCACUGUCGCUGCCGGAGCCUCGCAUCUCUCCCGCGAGUCUAAUCAGUACCGAUCAAUCUAUGCCACACAUCCCAUUAAUACGAAUCUUGUUCGAUUUAGCUCAGGUCCAAGGAGAGCUGCUAGAUUGUGGAAAUGCGGAUAACACUCGCCAAAUAAUCGCCAAUCAUUCAAGACUCCAAGAACGGAUGGAGGUCAUACAUUCAAGGUUACAAUCAAGUCGAGCCUCAGCACUAGAUUGUAUCGCCGCGGAUUGGAUUGCGGGUGAAUUUUGUUAUUACGCGAUUCUGGUUGAUAUUCUUCGAUCGCGCUUAAAAUGUACCUUUUCUCCUUUGACACAUAAGGAAUGUGUGUCAUAUUCUCGCAAAUCUCUGAGGGCACUGCAUCACCUUCAGACGAAUCUCGCGGAUAUCCCGGGCUUUGUGGAUCCCUAUCCCUCGUUCCUAACAUGGACUGUUCUUCUAUACCCCUUGAGUCCAUUCUUCGUUCUCUUCUGUAACAUCAUUGGAGAAUUAGACGUGGAUGACUACAAUCUAAUGCAGGAUAUCACGAAAAGCCUGUCUCCGUUCGCCGCCAGUCCAUACAUCUCAAAACUGCUGAAACUUCUGUACUACUUGCAGAAUCUCUGCGUACCCUUGAUCGAAACAAAACAGCGCAUGGGCCCGCAGGUCAAAGUCCCUACUUUGUACCCUUCAAUGACUGGGACCUGGCACGACCAUCCGGCUAGUACUGAUGAGCAUGCACAUCUCUUGAUGGCUGCCUCUCCAUAUAUGGAUUCUGUCGCUGGAGGAAACCCUCAGCAAUUGCAGACACCCAGUGAUGGGAGCUAUGCACCUGAUGAUGCGCUGAUGUGGCAAUUAUUUAAUAGCCAAGUCUCGCUGGAGUGGUUCGAGUCAGACCCUUUUUCUUAUUGA